AUGUUACGCUCUCCUCCAGCUUCUCGCGACCGCGACAAAGUAAUAAGUGACAACAAUGUAGCUAAGUGCAAAGACUGUGAAGUGGUGAUCAAUGAAUUACUAGCUUUUGUGGCGAACAAGGUUGACACAUUAGCCGAGCUUGGACUUAUACAAAUAUGUUUGAGUGCCUACUCCUAUGACGAUAUCGAGUUCGCAAGACAAACUGUAUAUAAAUUACUUGCCCCACAAAAAAGGAUUACUAGGCGUAAGGAAGGGAGUGAGAAGAAUAGUCUGCAGGAAAUAAUAAAGCUAAUAAAAGAAUUUGAGCCGGACUGCCUGCCCGUUUUUGUGGCAAAGGAUUUAAACAAGUUACGCCAGUUACUUUUGAUGGCAUCGAUGUGA